GUUUUGGGCUGCAACAAAGUAAAUGUGUCUAUACAACUAUGUUUUUGUUGACAGUGUAUGCUUUUAAUGUUCCGCUGCGUCGAAAUCCCGGCGCCUUGUUUUGCAGUCGUUGCUUAUGGACAGAUCGGGCGGGAACUUCGUUCUCUACCUCGUUUCGCCUCGUCCUUCCGUUUUCCUUUUCGUUAUCGAUUGCAUCUCCGUGAACGAGGCAGGAACAGAUCCAUCGUGGCUCCCGCAGCGCCGUACGUCGCUCAGACUUCAUGCAGACGACAACAUGCAUGCGAAUAGCAGAUCCCGUCAUGAAGUUUUUCGCGCUAGAGUCACUAAAUAUAGGUGACUAUUUAGUGACUCUAUUUCACGCUGCAGCGUGAGCGGUUCACUCGUGUAUCGCGUCCGUGUUCGCUGCCCUUGACAGCAAUUGACGGCAGUUUCGCUACGCACUGAAAAGGAGGCACGCCGCUGGAACGGUAGCAACAACAACGGAGUGCAUCGGCAAAAAGAAUCGGUGGCAAUGCCAGAAGAGGUGAUCAAACCGUGGCUCGACGCUGACAGAGCGAAACAGCUUCUAAGGACACACUUUGGUUUCAAUGCCGUUUCUGUUCACGAGCUGGAGAGCUACGACGACCGAAACUUUCACAUGCAGCUCGACCCCAGCGAUCCAUCAUUCGAAAGCUAUCCAGAUGGCUUCACACUGAAAGUUACAAAUUGGGUGGAAAGUCAGCAGACCGACUUCUUGGAAUCCUUACAUGCCUUGAUGGAACAUGUCUCUGACACCGUGCCAACGCCGCGACCCAUAAGGACGACUUCGGCACAUAUCUUCGCUACUGAAGUCUUCCCCAUCGGAAACAAGCUCAGUAGCACGAGGAAAGAAUGUGCUGUCCGUCUGUUCAGCUUUCUACCAGGAGCUACGCUCUGCGAGAAGGAAGUCUGGCCGUCGACGUGCCAGCAAUGGGGAUCGUUAAUGGGACGUUUACACGUUGCAACGCAGGGUCUUGAUUUUCCGGGUAUAAGAGACCGUUGGACGCAGUGGAGCCUCUUGAAUGUAUGCAAGAUAGAUCGGCAUUUGCACACAGUCGGUCUGAAUGAUGAAGAGAAGAAAUUGGUAGAGGACGUUCUCCUGGCGGUUCAAGAUGUCUUAACCAGUGUCCAGCGGCUACCCUCAGGUAUCCUCCACGGAGAUCUCAACGAGCAAAAUAUACUGGUUCGCACGGGGAGAGGUGAUGAAGACACGGAAGUCUACGCGGUCCUUGACUGGGGCGACGUACAGUGGGGGCCACGGGUAUUGGACGUGGCCGUUAUGCUUACCUAUGUGGUUCUCGCACCGACGGCUUCGAGGCACUGCUACGAGAACGUUGCCCAUGCGAUGACUGGAUAUAUGCAACACAUGGAUUUGGACUGUAGCGAUCCUUCAAUUUUCAAGACGCUAAUAUGCAGCAGACUGUGCCAGUCCUUGGUGCUCGGAAGAUACGCCAAACUGCUGAACCCGGAUAACGACUACGUGCUCUAUAGUCAACGUCGAGGAUGGAAAGUUCUCCGGAAGCUAUGGAAGACUCCCAUUUCUGAGCUAGUGUCCACUUGGAACAUUGUUCUCAGGGAGAACGGAGUCAAAGAAUUUCUUACGGAUUCUACAGAAGCCUCUUGAGUUCUGCCACUCAAACUGCAUAGUAUCAACUGAGGGAGAAACAUACUCCUUUACAGCCAUCACCGUCAGACCUAGCUGUUACGCGCGAGCGCGUGUGGUCUCCGCGGCUCUGGGUCUGCGGCACUCUGCGCAGACGCCAGCGCCGCGACACGUUGCAACACAGUCGAUGGUGAGCGUGAGUGCGAAGCAGGUCCAGGACUGGGUUAGCUAACCCAGUCCUGGACCUAUGGCUCGGGCUUAGUCUCAAACCCAAACGCUCCGCGGCGCUGACGUCUGCGCCACAUAGCACAGCCUGCGGUAACACUUCGUCUGCAAUAGCACACAAACAUUUGCAUCGGCUAAUCGCACAUAUUCGUGGCAUCAAACACCACUUUCCAAACCACCGCAUCCAGAAUUCCCGUUCUCUUUGUUUUCAGCGGAUUGUGCAAUUUAUAUCACGCGUUUUUACACAGGGAGAACGAGCGUAGACCGUGUAUAGAUUGUAUAUAAGACAAUUCAGGAUAUAUUUUGGUACCUAUAGGCAACUGGAUUUGUGUGUGAGUAAUAAACAUAAGAAACAAAUU